GAAGGUGAAACGAUAGCAGGACGAAGGUGAAAUAGAGGAUGUCUUAAGCCUUCUGUGUAUUUCAUUAGAUAAAGCCUCUGAGGGAGAGAGAAAGCUUGACUCCAAUUUCCCCAGAGCAGAGCUCGCAUCUCGGAAAUUUGGGAAAUCCAACACGACAAUAGAAGAAGCAUGCUCUGUUUGUUUUAAAUUCAUUAAUGGCUGCUAUAGCUUCAGUCCCUAAAUGGAUCCCGGAGGACGAUAUUUUGUUGAAGAACGCUCUCGAGGCAGGUGCCUCUCUGGAGGCGCUUGCCAAAGGUGCUGUUCGCUUCUCCCGCCGAUUUACGGUUCGUGAAUUGCGAGAUCGCUGGCGUUCUCUCCUCUACGACAACGAUGUUUCUGCGGAAGCUUCUGCUCGCAUGGUCGAGUACGAACUCUCUGCUUCCGGUAACCCAUCGUCGGCGAUCCUGCGGAAUAAAAGCGUGGUGGCUCCGGCCAAAAGAAAAGCUGACAGCGUCCGUGAACAGUACUACGCGAUGCGGAAGAAACUCUGCGGCCAUCAUGCUUUUCAAUCCUUUGAUUUAAGUUUUCUAGGUUCGCUGAAUGAGGAUGAUCGCCUCCUCGGCAAUGGAAGUGGUUGCCAGGCUCCGCCUGGGAGUUCUAUGAUUGUCCAUGGUGUUGAGUGCCAUUUAGGUUUUCAGAAUCCGCGUGGUGAGAUUUUGAAUCAUGUUCCUCCACUCAUAAGGAGGCAUGUGAAUUCGGCAAAUGCCAUAGCAAAUAGUGGCACUGAAUUAAUUUUUAAGCAGAACGAUGCGCUGAAAGAUAGUUUAGUUGAGGAUUUUGGGAAUAGCCCAGGCGCUGUGGAUAUAAGGCCGCCUUAUGAGAUUCCAGAUAUGCCUAUCUGGAGAACGAUCGAGGACGUCUCAGCUCCUGCAAUGCCGAUAAGUAUGAGCCCUGGAGGUGAGGAACAGUGUGCGGGCGAGAAAAUGAUACUUCCCGAUGAUGUGGAUGGGGAGCAAAUACGUUCAUCCGUGUAUCAUAUUGUCCAUUCGGAGCCAAUUUUGAAAGAUGGAAAUGCCAGUGGUUUUGUGGAUCUUUCGGAUUGUCUAUUGAACCUCGCAAAUGAGGACGAGCUUCCGUUCGCGGACGAAGAUGCAAAAGACGCCUCGAAUAAGCCUUGUUGCGAUAGUGAUAAUUCAAUUCCGUUGAGUUGUCUGAAUAAGGCUCAUGAAGAUUAUGUUGUAACUGAUGUUUGUGAACCUCGAACAUUGGUUUUAAAUGCGGGAUUGGAUGCUGCUGCUGAUUCGGCUCAAUCUGGUCUUAUUGAUCGGCAUAGUCUUUGUUCCUCCGUAGUCGGUAUGACUUCGUCUACAUCGGUGCCUGAUCAUCUUCGUCCAAAACUUUACGACGGAGAGAUGGAAUGCACAUUGAAUACCGAGGAUCCGGAAAUCCCAUUCAAUGACCACAUAUGCUUAUCUACUGCAUUUGCUUAUACUUCUAUAUGGCCAAAUUAUAAGGAGACCACUAAACCAUCCUCCUCUACCCAUCAAACGAACGGUGAACGUGAAAUAAACUUGAAGAAAAAAGAUGAAAAUUCUUCUCCAUCUUUAACUCGCAUGGUGGCUCUAGAACCAGUACCAGAGACUCGUUCAAAGCAUCCAAUUGUUGGUUUUGGAACCAAACCUGGAUGGCCUGAUGGUAACCAUCUUGCCGUGGACUCCCAGGAGAGCAUCAUUAUUGACCCAAGCCAACUAGGCAGAUCCACGCAUGCAACUCCAAAGUCAGCCAUGGAUGGAGCUCUAAAAAUAAAGGAAACCAAUGCUUCAGAACUACAUGCACGGCCAGGUUCCACUCAACCAGGUUUUGAACCAGAAGCAAAUUCGCCAACACUGGACCAGGAAGAAUCUGAUGAUGAUGAUUACGUACCUUCCUUUUUUGAUAUUGAGGCAAUGAUACUUGAAAUGGACUUGUGUCCAGGUGAUCAGGAUCCAUAUGUUAGUAGAGAAGUCUUACGUUAUCAGCAUCAGGAUACGAAGAGGAAAAUCAUAAGGCUGGAACAGUGUGCUCGAUCUUCUAUGCAGAGAGCCAUUGCAUCUCGAGGUGCACUUGCAAUUAUGUAUGGCCACCAUCUGAAACACUAUAUUAGGAAGACUGAGGUUAUAAUUGGCAGAGCAACAAAUGACUUUGAAGUUGAUAUUGACUUGGGAAGAGAAGGACUUGCUAACAAAGUAUCUAGACGGCAGGCUCUUAUAAAGAUGGAAGAAGAUGGUUCUUUCUUUCUGAAGAAUCUUGGCAAGAGAUCAAUCUUUUUGAAUGGCAAAGAAGUUUCUCGGGGACAGCUUCUGAGACUUAAUACUGGUAGUUUGAUUGAGAUUAGAGAAAUGGCAUUUGUGUUUGAGAUGAAUCAGAAAUCUGUGAGGCGGUAUCUAGUGGACCUUGCCAAAAGAAGCCAAGAAAACACCAAAUUUGAAUGGUCAUCGGAGGGGGGCCCAUAAAAGAGAAGCGAUAGAAGGUACAAACUUUUUCCUCGUUUUGUAAUUCAUCUCAUGAAUAGCCAGUUUCAACUGUAUUUGUUAACCCUUGUACUGGGAGCAUCCUCGUGCUACAUGCUACAAAACAAUAUUAUGUAUAUGCUUUCUCCCGAAGGAAUGUAUAUAUAUAUAUAUAUAUGUCCACAUAGAAGUAGAAAUAGUUUAGAAUUUAAGCACUGAUAGCAUCAAGUAGCGAUUCA